AUGCUUCCUGGAUUGGAUUCUUCUCGGUAUUGCUAUGUUAGUGACUAUAUUUUCCCGCUGUUGGAUCUUCCCCACCCGGUGGAGCUCCGCCUCUCCCUCCCAGAAGGCUGGGGAAAGGGCGGGUCCGCACGGAACCACCGGGGCACGAGCGCGUCUGCACGUGUGCGAUCUCGGAGAGAAGCCGGGCUGCAGAGUUUGGGAGGCAAGGCCUGGAAUACAAUAAGGAGGGUGCGGGCGGGGAGGGGCUUGCCCCAGGCCCUUGAAAUAAGGCUCAGGCCUGAGAGCAGCUGCUGCAGCCGGAUCCACCCGCGACCGCCGGCUUGCGUCCACAGCCCUGUUACCCGCGAGGCUCGCCGCGGCAUGGCCAUCCCCAAGCGGUUUCCAACCCUGGUGCAGCUGGAGCAGCGGGGAGAGACGCGAUUCCAGGCGCUCAGUGACAUCACCAAGCGGCCCUACUGGCUCCAGUCCGAGCACCUUCUGAGUCCGAAGCCAGUUCGUCUCGAAGCGUGGCUGGUGGAAGCGAUCUUUGGCCCCGGCGGAGAGCACAUCCCGCACGUCGAGUGCGUGUCGCAGACCCUGCUUCGCAUUAAUCGGUGGGACCCUGAAGGCGAGGCCGAGAUCUUGAUAUUUGGUCGGCCUUCUUAUCAGAAGGACGUGUCCCAGAUGAUCAUGAACUUGGCUUACUACCACCGCCAACUCCGGGCGCAAAGCUCAGGGAGGACCGCUGCUCAGAAGACCGAGACCCAGCGCACCCCCGCUGCUGUUCCGGAGGCGGCGGCGCAGAGCUUCCCCGGGCGCUACCCCGUUUGAAGUUAUUUCGGGGCCCGGGGUGAAAGCCAAGCGAGGUUCAAAGAGAAAUCCCUAUCCAGAAGAUGUGAGUUGCUCUUAGUUUCCCCUCCUCAUGUUCCCCCCGGGUUAAAUGUUUGCAAACACCAGUUUAAAAAGGCCUAACAAAGACUAGAACUUCCCUAAUCAAGAAUCGAACUUCCCUAAUCAAGAAUCGAUCUUCCCUAAUAAAGAAUAGAACU